AUACUGCGUUGGACGGACUUUAGCACUCUUUUAGUCUUAACCAGGCAGCUAGUUGUCUCUGUUCACUGCCACUCAAAAACCGGGCUGUGGGGAAGAAGAGGAAAAAUACUCAAUAUAUCACUUAACAGCGAAACUGAGUCUAGCUUGAUCAUGCAUACUGUUUUUUUUUUAAAAAAAACGGUCCUCGUUCCAGAGGUCUGAAGACAGAAGGCAGAGAAACAAGUCACUGAUCAAAAGUACUGAAGGGAGCAGAAGUUGCCUGGAAAUGGAUGUCCGAAGGCUCGAAAUUCCUGCUGAGCUUGCAGCUCUCCUCCGCUUGGCUCAGGAUCACAACCGUGCUCAGGAUAAUCAAGUCACUGAGGUGUCCCUUCCAGAAGUCAAAACAAAAGCUACCUUCUCACUCCCUCCUGAUAUAAAUAACUUUCCCUUCUCUACGUUUGUCAAAAAUCAUUUCCAGGUUGUGAGUUUUCCAGCCCUUGGACAGCCCCUGCGAGAGCCUUUGACCCAACUCCAGGCUGAGCACAGGCAAAACGCUCUACAGCUCAACAAGCUGAUUUUGCGAUUCAUCAGUGAUGGGGAUUUGCAGGGCGUCCACAAACAGCUUCUAGGAAACUACAUAGCAAGCCGGGGACUGGCCAGCCUCCCGUUACGCAAUGAGCUGCUGAGCCAAGUGGCCACCCAGCUGUGGAAAAACCCAGAUCUGGAGCAAUGCCAACAAGGCUGGGUAUUGAUGGCUACCCUCCUGAGCGCCUUCACACCUUCACCGGCUCUGGAGAAGCCUCUGCUGAAGUUUGUGUCAGAUCAUGCUCUGGAGGGUUACGAUGGAAUGUGCCAGCGCAAACUCUUGACCUCAAUGAAGCAAACGGAGGGUUGCUUGGAGCUGUCCCGCAGUUUCCCUCCCACCCAUCUGGAGUGGACUGCCAAUCAGAGGAAAGGCAAGAUGGUCCUGGAGGUCUGUACUUAUAAAGAUGAGAGGAUUUCAGCAGAAAUAGAAUCCUGGACCACAGGAGAGCAAUAUGCAGGCUGGAUCCUAAACUCAAGGGGUCUGGAUACAGUCCCUCGUGGAUGGUCCGUAUCAAUGUUCACAGGCAACAAGUGGCAGGACUUAGCAGGCUGUGACUUUGUCUUGGAUCUCAUUGGUGAAAUGGAGGAAGAAAAUUGCCCUUCUCAGUCCUCCUCUCAUUAUCCUAUUAUCCCUGAGAGGGAUGUGAGCUAUUCUCAAAAUAACUCCCCAAAUAGGAUGUCCUUGGAUAUCCCUCCUGCACCAACCUUUAAGGCCCCUUCAUUCCCCCCACCUGCCCUGCCUCCCAUGUUUCACAAGGCAGUCCAUCCAGACAUCAUGGACAGUCCAACUCCUCUUAGAGAAUUGGAUCACUACGUGGAUGGCCUCUUUAAACCCAUGUUAAAUGCUGGCUCCAGAUCUCAGAUGUCAGAUAUGGAAAGUGAGGCAAGUCUGACUGGUCGUAUGAAAGGAGGUGGGAAAAUUGGACCUAUGAACCAAGGAGCCUAUUCAGGUUACCCUGGAAUGAUGACCAUGCCAGCCUUUCCAUCUAUGCCAGUUAUGGGAGGAAUGAUGCCAGCCACCAUGCCGGGAAUGCCAGCCAUGAUGAUGACUCAGCCCAUGAUGCCAACAGUGGAUCCCAACCAGGCAGCAGCACAGCAACAAUCUGUUAUCAAUCAACAAGCCCUGUUUCUGGCUCAACAGAUGACACUUCAAGCCAUGAAAAUUUCAGAACAAGAUCAGCAGCGGCAACAGAAGUACAGAUCGCUUGAGAAUUCGCACUCAGACCAAUUAUUUUCACAUAGAUCACAUGAAUAUUCAAGGCCAAGACAAGCCUCACCACACAGUUCACCUAAAUUGUCAAGGCCAAGACGAGCAUCACCAAAGAAGAGGACACCCGAACAUUUAAGACGAAGGCGAUCAUCAUCAUCAUCAUCAUCAUCAGAAAGCUCACCUGAAGCUUCAAGAUCAAGACGAAUAUCACCAAGGAAGCGGUCAUCUGAAGCUUCAAGGUCAAGACGAAUAUCCCCAAAGAGCCGGUCACCUGAACCUUCAAGCCCAAAGGAAACUUUACUUCUCAAAAGGUCUCCUGAACUUUCAAGAUCAAGAAAGGUAUCAACAAAGGAACAGCCUUCUGAAUCUUCAAGACCGAUACAAGAUUCUUCUCCUCCUCCACAUCCACCACGAUCACCGAUCCGCAUCUUGGAAGAUGAUGUGCCUGUAGACAUUAGAAUGGAUUCUCUCUCUCAGGGGACUUUUCAAAAGAAAGUUGAGUUCUUCCAGAGAAUGGGAAUUGAAACAAUUCCACUGAAGAAAGUAAAUUCAAAAAGUCAUAGAACAAAAGAAAAGUCAGAGGACCCGGGUACCAGCCAAGAAUCAAAUUCAGAUUUACCACUUCCUACACAACUGGAAAAUUAUCAGGAGAGGAAAUUCCAGAAUACAAAGCCUGAACAGCCUGAACCAAGCCAGGAGAUACGGAACAUUAUUAAAAACCACAAGAAGCGUCCAGUCCCACCACCAAAACCCAUCAUGCCUGUUAGAGACAUCCCUAAAUCUCUUACAAAAUGUGAACCAAAGGAUGAAGCUCUAGCAAAACUGGAGACUCUAGGGCUGGAUCAUUCAUCGGUCCCCUCUGAAAAAAUUAAACCGUCACCACCUUCGCCAGCAGCUAAACCCUCCAAUACCAUCAAAGAAAAACAAUUGGCGCUCGCAAAUAUUUUUAUUCCUCACGGCUCAGUGCUUCCUCCUCCCCCUCCUGGGCCACCCCCACCGCCUUCUUCUCCUCCAGAUUCUGUCACAGAUGAAACAACUGGCAUAAAAGAUUCAGCUAAGACAGUGUUGGAAGACACUAAUGUCAAAACCCAGCUCUUCAAUCUUUCUGCUAGUGUCAGCUUCUCCUAUGCUAAUCCUACCUGGAAACUCUUCCUGCGGAAAGAGGUUUUUUAUCCCAGGGAAAAUUUUAGUCAUCCUUACUGCUUGAAUUUGUUAUGUGACCAGAUCUUGAGGGAUACUUACUCCGAGUCAUGCAUUCGAAUUUCCAAAGAGGAGAGGCGCAAAAUGAAAGACCUGUUAGCCAAAUUCCACGUGGGCAUGGAUGUCAGCUCCAUCACAGAAGAAGGGAUCAAGAAAAGAAUUGUGGUGGCUGCUCGUGAUAACUGGGCCAGCUAUUUCUCUCGCCUUUUCCCAGUAAAAGGAGAAAAUGGAAGCGAUGUUCAAAUACUGGGAGUUUCUCACCGGGGUCUGCAGCUGUUGAAGAAAUCCAAAGAAGCCAGUUUCAGUCCUGAACAUCUGAAGAUCCUUUGCAGCUUCAGUUAUGCAGAUGUCCUUUCUUUGGAGCUGAUCAGUCGGAAUGUCCUUCAGUUCACUCUGAAGAAUGAGCAGCUCAUACUUCAUUCUCAAAAAGCUCAGCAGAUCAAGGCCACAGUGGAAAUCUUCCUGAAAGAAUUGAAACAGGAAUCCAACUAUGUCAUUGCUAUGCGUAACUAUGUCACAGAUGACAAGAGCCUCUUAAAUUUCAAGAAAGGUGACUUCAUUCGACUACUUCCCAUGAAGGGACUGGAGCCAGGUUGGCAAUUUGGCUCUAUUGGUGGGCGCUCUGGCCUUUUCCCUUCCGCAAUGGUGCAGGUUGUGGCAGCUCCCGAUUACCUCAACCUCCACAUGAAUCAACAGGAAGAAGUCCGAACCGGCUGGAAGAAAAACACACAGGAGAGAAUAGCUAACAAGGAGAACUCUGCCCCCAGCACAGAGUCAGAAGUUACCAGGCCUAGCACACCUGUAAACAAUCUUGAUAUUUGCCACUACACUAUGACGGAGUUUGCGAUGGCCCAUUUCCGAGAAGCCCAAUUCAUGCUAGGAUGGAAGGGCAUGGGAGUUGAACAGAUGGACCCCGCUCUCUUGGUUCAGCAUACAAAGGUACCAAUCCAGGAAGCUCUCCUGUUUCAUUCUGAUGAUGAGUUGAAUAACUUGGCUACAAAAAAUUUUUUGACUCUGAUGAGGUUCAUGGGAGACCAGCCAGGCCUCAAGAAAGAAGAUCAGAUGGAUUAUAUCUAUGAAAUCCUUCAGUUGUGCAAAGAGAAGAAGACUCUGCAUGAUGAAGUUUACUGCCAGGUUAUCAAGCAGAUCACCGAGAACCCUAAUCUGGACAGUUGUCACCAUGGCUGGCGGCUCCUCAGCCUUUUGACUGGAUACUUCCUCCCAUCCAGUACCUUGAUGCCUUACAUCACUCAGUUUUUGCAGCAGAUCUGCUAUGAUAGUACCCACCACUGCUCAGGAAUAGUGCAGGAUUGCCAGAGCAACCUGAGGAAACUGAUUGUGUAUGGAGGCCGUCAACACUUGCCAUUUUUGGCAGAGAUGAAUGCAUUUUUGAAGGGCCACUGUUUCCGCCGGAUGUCAAUCCUCUUACCUGGAGGUCUGCACUAUAAUGCAAGGAUUAAGACAUUCGAUGUUACAGCGGAUGUGUUAAAGCAAAUCUGUAAGCACAUAGGAGUUACCGAGUUGGAGGAGAUCCAAGAAUUUGCCAUCCUAGCCAGCAAAGACAAAGGCAAAAUGAUAAGGCCUUUGCACCAGGAGGAAUAUGUCCAUGACUAUUUGUUAGACGAAAGUUCAAUAGGACUAAGUUUCUGUAGGAUCACUUGGAAGAUUCCUCUACACCUUGAUAAUGAGGUCUACAUCAACUUUCAUUAUAACCAGGUCUUGCAGAAUUAUAUGACAGGUUCACUGUCGUUGCAGCACACCAGCAAACUUGGGCAGCAGCUGGGCACCUUGACUUUGCUUCAGCACUGGGCCAGAGGAACUAAGUCGGUCCCUACAAGAGAGGAACUGAAGAAUUAUAUCCCUGUUUCAAUCAACAUCACCCCAGACAUUGUUGAAAUUGCCAUGGCUUAUCAGCUGGAGACGAUAGAACCAUUGGAGCCACUGCAGGCACAAAUAGGUUUUAUUGAGCAUGUGAUUCAGCUGCCGCUCUUUGGCUAUAAUGUUUUCUCUGCAGAGAGGACCAGUGCCCCAGAUAUCCCCUCACCUUGCAUCGUAGGAGUGAACCAGGAGGAGAUUGUUGUAAUGAGCAGGGAAACCCAGAGCAAUCAGAUCAUCAUUCCACUGAACCAGAUACUACGGAUGAAAACCUUAUGCCAACUCAGCACAGCUGGCCUUCCAGCCGUAGAAAUCAACUAUGGCUCAGUAGAAAAUCCCAAGACAAUCUGGUUUGAAUUACAACAGGCUAAAGUAUUAUAUCAUUUAAUUAUAAUCAUCGGUAACGAAUCAGAUUCCCAGGCUUAGUGACAACCAAGAGAAGUUGGCUGCAAUAUCUUUUGCCAGUACUCUUUUGAUGUGUCUACUUGGCAAGUGCUUUCUCCCAGGGAGAUGUGAGCUAUGGAAACGUCAUUCUUCUGAACCACCAUUCACCAUUCUCCUAUCAUCGUCCCUGCAUCACUUCCAGCCCUUAAACUUGCAGACAGCAGAAGCAGCUUCUCAACUUCCAAGCCAUAAAAUGUACCAUAGCUGCUUUGGAGUAUCUUUUGGUGGAUCACCUAACCGCAUAUUUACAAAGCAUUGCUGGUUCUUAUUCUUUUGACCACGGAGAAAACUUAGAUUAAUAUAUUGUAAUACAAGUAUAGAUAGUAUUAAAGUUGUGUUCCAAUACACAAGAGCUGCUGUGUUAGAGAAGAUUACUCCUCUCUGAUAUCCAUUUACUGUAUUUGUAUCUAAAUUGUCCAAAUGUUCCAGAACAAUAAAAAUACAAAUCAUUAAAA